AUGACAUGGGACGACUUCAGUAAUUUGGUGGCUGGUGAGUUGGAUUUGGAGUUGGAUCAGCGGGUCAACAGCAUGGGUCCAGAUGGUGUGGAGCCUGACCACCCGUUUUCCAAGUUGGAUGCAACGAUUGCCGUCCGAGCUUACUUGCGCAACUCGACAAGCAACCCUGAGAGCGCUGCCGAAAUAUUUUUUCAGAGCAUCCAUCGAUUUUCUGAUCCAGAUGCAAAGGAUCUCAGGCUGUGGGAUUGGGCAGCACACAAUCGCUGUAAGAAACCAUUGAAUAGGAAACAAGGUGAUGAGGGUGCUAGGCUGACCAUCAUGGAUCAUACAGAUGAUGCAAACCCAUGCUCACUCAGCCCUUCAUCCAACACACAACCAACACCUCCUACUAAAGCUAUGCAAUCCAACAUGGAAGUAGAUGAUGCAGAGGCAGCAUCAAGGGGAAAUAGCCCUGAUGAUAUUGUUAUGGACAGUGAACAGUCUGCAGAACAACGAUCUCUGAUUCCUGUGUCAAAGACAAUGAUUCCUAGCCCACAUGGCCUGGUUCAUUCGGACGCUGGCGAGAACCAGGGGGAUCAGCUAACAACACCACAGAACACCCCUCCUGAACAUACUUCUGAUGACAUCUUUGAAUAUCAGGAUUGUUCGCAAUUCGCUGCAAAACACCAGGAGAUGGCAGUACAAGAAACCCUGCGGACACUUCAUCCUGGUCGUGCAGACAUGAAGACGCUCCAUGCCUUACUCAAGGCGUUGCAUGGAGAAGAGGCAUUGACAACAAGGGUUGACGUUGCCUCCAUGGAUUGA